AUGCUUGCUAUUCUGUCCUUACUGGCCGUGGCUUCUGCCCAACAGGUUUCUCAGCCAUACUAUGAGCACACGUACGAAGAACUGAAGGAAAUGGGCUUGCUCCAGCGUUUAAUUACCUACAAUUGGAAGCUGGAAUUGGUCACCGUUUCGUUCACAUUGGCCUAUCUUUUGACCCAUUUCUUGGGCGCAAGCUACAAUGCAAGGCUUGUGGGCAAAUGGGUUUCAUCCGCUGAAGAAGUAUUGGACAAACAAUUUGCUUCCUUAGGAUGUUCAGUUAAGGAAAAAGUUGUCAAGGACGACAAUGAGCAUUACACUUACUUCGCCACUGGUAGAAAGAACAUUGAAUCUCUGACUGUAAGAUUCACUUUGAAGCCAAGACACAAUCUUUUGCUCUUGGUAACAGAAACUAUCCUGUCCUUCUUCAUUUCCUCCAUUGAGAAAUCCAUUGAUAGCGUCAACAUCAUCGUUAAGUACAACGAUGAGGCCGAAUCCAACAUUGAUGACUUUAUUUGGGCUAUUGUCAACAAAGAUGGUAUGAACCAAGCUCGUAUUGAAAAUUAUUUUCUGUCACUGACAAAGACUUCUGAAUCGUCCAAACUUCCAACUGAAUAUGUGUUCAUGUCCGAAACUGCUGAUAUUACCGAGGAGGUGUACAAUGAUGCUGAAAAUUCUGGUCUUACUAGCUCUCCUACUUUGCUCAAAUACGUCGCCUUCACUGAUCAAUCCAUCGUCAAGCCUACUACUCUUGAAGAAGCCGCUUCUUCCAAGAAGGCAAUUCUGUUCACCAAUUUCCCCUCCACUGCUUCUGAAUUGAAGGCUAACCAGGAUUUGCUAACUUCUUUCUUGAGUUUGGUGGACAAUGUUGUAGAAAACGUCAAAUUCAGACCUGAGACUCUUAAGCGAGUAAAGAAGACCAGAGAGGCUGAAAUUCAGAAGAUCAAAAAGGCUUUGGACGAAGUUCAAAAAGAAGAAUUGGAGAGUAAACGAGUCGAAGAACAACGUAAGGAAAGAGAGAGAAUUUCUAAACUCAGCCCCGAAGAGCAGAGAAAGAUAGAGAAGAAACGACAAGAAAAAAAGCAGAGGAAGCAGAUGAAACAGCAGAGAGUUCGUUAA